UUCUAGAUCUCCUGAGCACGUAUUUUUACAAUGAAAAAAGGGGGAGUCGUUUAUUGUCAGAGGGAGGAGGGGCUAGACAGCAAGCAAAUUACAAUCCACGCAGCAGAUUUAAUAAGUGCUGUGUGUGAUGUUUGGCAAGCUUGGUUUAUAUCCGUCUACAAGGUUUGCGAACCCAUGUUGCCGAUUCUUUUCUGCUACAGAACUUUUCUCAUGGUACAACACAAAAGACCUGUGUUUACUUUUCAUUGAAAGAAUAGAGCCUGCUUGGUUGACCAGCAGAUGAAGUACUUAAGGAGAGUGUCUUCCUCUAUUUUCUUUGGCCACUGAAAGUCUACUCUAAAAACUCUUAGGCACCAUGGGAAAGAGGGAUAAUCGGGUGGCCUAUAUGAAUCCUAUAGCAAUGGCCAGAUGGAGAGGCCCAACUCAAUCUUCAGGCCCAACUAUACAAGAUUACCUAAAUAGACCAAGGCCUACAUGGGAAGAAGUCAAGAAGCAAAUAGAAAAUAAAAAGAAAGGCUCUAAGGCAUUAGCUGAAUUUGAAGAAAAAAUGAAUGAAAACUGGAAGAAAGAGCUAGAGAAAAGCAGAGAGAAAUUAUUAAGUGGAAAUGAAAGUUCAUCUAAAAAAAGAGAAAAAGAGAAGAAGAAGAAGAAGAAAUCUUGUCGGUCUUUAUCAUCUUCUUCAACAAGCUCUGAUUCUUCAAGCAGUUCUUCAGAUUCUGAGGAUGAGGAAAAGAAACAAGGAAAAAGGAGAAAGAAAAAGAAGAAUCGCUCAUACAAAUCACGAGACUGCUCUACAUUAGAAUCAGAAUCAGAGAGCAAGGAAUCUAUAAGAAAGAAAAGGAAGUUGAAGAAUGAAACAGAGAAAGAAAAGUGUAUUAGAAGUCUCAGUAAAAAAAGAAAGAAGGCUUAUCCUGAAGAUCAACAUUUAUCAUCUGAAUCCUUAUCCGAAUCAGAUUAUGAAGAGGAGGUUCAAGUAAAAAAGAAGAGAAAGCAUGAGGAGCAAGAAAAAGCUGUGGAGAAAGUAAAGAAGAAGAAGCCUCAUAGGAAACAUAGUAAGAAGAAGAAGAAAAAGUCUGGUGCAAGUCACAAGUCCAGAUAUCAUCAAGGGGAAAAAAACCCCAAGAUUUCCACAUUAAGAAAAGGAAAAUCUGAAAGAAACAUCAACUGUGAAAGUUAAGGCAUAUUUACCAAAAUGCAUGAGUUUUCCUGUGUUAUAGAAUUAUUUCUGGACUUAGUUGCCAGUCAAAUACCACUGUGCCAGAAAGGGCCAUACUUGUUGCCUGAAAAUUAAAUACAGGAUUUUGUUUGUAUUUCUCUUUUCUUAUGUGGUUAUUCUUCUAGGAAGUAAAAAAUUUGUUGUCACACUAGUGCUUAAAACAUUUGGAAUUAAAGUAUAAUCUUUUAGACUUUAAUUUUGGUCAAAAUAUGUAUCUUCAGUUAAAUGUAUGUAAUUUGUACACAUCUGUAAAAUGUGAGCAGAAAUAUCCUGCCAACUAUAAACUGACAUUCUUGGAAGCAAGAUCUGAACACUGGUGUCUCAAAUACUUACUUUUAUAGCUAAAUUUCUUUUAUUUUUUCUUCAAUGAAAUUUUGCUUACAUGGGGAAUGGUCUUUCAAAGGAAAGUGGUGGGGAGUGUUCGCUGCUCUGGCUAGCUUAAUAGUGUGCCUUUGAUCUUCACACACCUUCUUUUUCCUAGUACAGCUGCUUUUUUAUUUUUUAGUCGACUUCUGAGAUGUUGUAUACUGCUUCUAAUGAACAAGAAAGACAGCAGGUUACAAUAUGUGUAAUCCCCCAAAUCUAUGACAGUUACCUCCACUUCAGCACUGUUCAUUAUACAGUACUGAAUAAUCUUUAGCACUAGAAUAUAACAUGAUUUUAAUUAAUUUUGAUAACCUUUGGACGGGAAUGGUUUUAAACAGCUCUGGUGUAUUUUUGCUAAUAAGGAUUGUGAAUUUUUUUGCAUGUUUUAUGUUGUUAAGUUUUGACAAUGCAGCAAUAUUCUUUCUAAGUAACGAUCCCUUUUUUAUGAUUUAUGUUUGGAUAGAAAUUUCAAGUUUGUCAUUUCUUAAUCUUACCCAACUAAUUUAAUCACUGUAUUUAAUUACACACUUGCCAGAAUAUUUAGUGUGUAAGAAGGUUUUUUAAAAGUAUUUUAUCCCUUCAUAUUGAAGCUGCUUUACUGUAAGCAAGUUGAGUGACAGACCUCUAGUAUGCUGUGUAUCUUGUUAAACAGACUACUGCCAAAAUCUUAGUAAGUAUGCUGUUUGAAAUUUUAUUGUGUUAGGCAUUAAUAUUGAAUUAAAUUAAGAGUUAAUGUAGGUGACAAUGACAAAAUUUAUCUUCCUGUGUUCAUAUGUUAUUAAGAUUUGGUGCCUUGUAUCUGUUGCUGAUUCAUGUUUACCACUAAUGUUAAAAAUGCUUUCAAAAUUAUUUUUAUUUUACAUUUUUAUAUGAGUAACAUCUAUUACAGAAGAUAUAUUAGUUGUUAUGUCCUAAGUAUAGAGUAUUUUGGCAUUAAAAAUAGGCUCAGUAACUAUUGUUUUUAAAUAGCUGAUUUCAUCCCAUAUUCUGUGAAUUGCAAGUAAAAUUAUACAUAUAGAAAUCAUCUGGUAGAUAUUGGCUCCCCAAAUUUCUGAGGUGGCUAUACCAGAAUUUCACAGUAGGCUUCUUGGAGCAUUAUAGUAAUGCCAUAAUUGAUUAAUUUGGAUUUUCCUAAUUUAGCUGUUCAUUAAAAACAGAUAUAUAUGUAUAUGCUGGUAAAAAUAAAUACAUUUAA